UUUGGAAUCUAAGCUUCCUGCUUAGGGUUUCAGGCGCUUUUUUGUUGGAUAUUAGCUAUUUUUGGUUGUUCGAAGAAAUUGAAGGAAUUUAUAGUUUGGAAAUUAGGGUGUUGAUUGAAGUUCUUGUCAAAAUUGAGAUCAUCGUGGUUUGACUUCUAUCUUUGUUGUUUUCUGAGUCUGGAUUCUGAGAAAAGUUUGAAAACUACAUUUCGAUUCUUGUUUUGAGAAACUUUUGGGGACUUAUAGGGAUUGUGAACAUCUCUUUGGCGGGAAAAAGAAAUUUUGAAUGGCAGAAAGAAUGGAUUUAGGGUUUCCAAAGACACCUGCUAGUAGUUUGAAGGAACAGUUGGCAAGAGCUACUCUUAACAAUUUGAGAUCUCAAGGGCACACAUAUGUGGAGCUUCGUGAGGAUGGAAAGAGGUUCAUAUUCUUCUGCACUUUGUGUCUCUCACCGUGUUAUAGUGAUUCUGUAUUGUUGGAUCAUUUGAAAGGAAAUCUGCACACGGAGAGGUUGUCUGCUGCUAGGGUUACAUUGUUUGGACCAAAUCCUUGGCCUUUUAAUGAUGGUGUUCUCUUCUUUAGUAAUGCAAUUGAGAACAAGAAGCAGCUGGGAGUCGUGAAUGGUAGUCAAAGUAGAUUGUUGGAGUUUCACAACAAUGAAAACAAUCUUGCCAUUGUGAAAUAUAAUGGUUUGAAUCACUCUGGUGAUGAGCUUAGCAUGCAUGAGAAGAGAAAGAAUGGCAAAGGAGGGAAUUCUGAUAGGGUGAUUCCAUAUGUGCUUGUUAAGGAUGAAAUUUCUGAUUUGAAAGUGAAGUUUUUUGGUUUUGGACAGAUUGCUGCAAGGUUUUGUGAGAAGGAUGAUAUUUCAAAUGGAAUUAGCAGAAUAUGGUGUGAAUGGCUGGGGAAAAAGGAUUCACACAAUGAGGAUAAGGUUAAGGUCAAGACUCCAAAGCAUGAGUUUGCCAUUGUAACUUUUGCUUAUAACUUUGAUCUGGGUAGAAAGGGGUUGCUCGAUGAUGUCAAGUUAUUACUCUCAUCUGGUUCCCCAGCUGAAUUGGAGAAUUCUGAAGGCAUCAAUAGGAAAAGAAAAAAGUCUUUUUCUGACCCAGAGGAUACCAGUGAGUCUUUAUGUAAUCAGUAUGAUUCAUGUGGGGAAGAUUCUUCAUCUUCAAAUGGUGCUUCAUCAAGAUUGGUGUUGGCUAGAUAUGAUGAUCAACUUUUGCAUGCAAGAUUCAUAUCAAGUAAGGCUGUAAGGCGAGAGUUGAGACGGCAACAACGUAUAGCAGCUGAAAGAAUGUGUGACAUCUGUCAGCAAAAAAUGCUCCCUGAGAAGGAUGUGGCAACACUCAUGAACUUGAAGACUGGAAAACUUGCUUGUAGUAGUAGAAAUUUGAACGGAGCAUUUCAUGUAUUUCAUACUUCUUGCCUUAUACAUUGGUUACUUCUCUGUGAGCUUGAGAUGAUUGGAAACCAGGCAGUUGGGAAAAAAGGAAGGCGAAGAUCUAGGAGAAAAAGUGCAGCAAAAAACAAUGAGGCAAGGAAGGAUGGAGAAAAUAAAGCUACAGGAAACCAUAUUUCUUCUGUGCUCUGCCCAGAGUGCCAGGGCACUGGUAUUAACAUUGAGGGGGAUGAACUAGAAAAUCCAAUUAUCUCUCUUUCUCAAAUGUUCAGAUAUAAAAUUAAACUCAGUGAUGCAAGAAGAGCAUGGAUGAAAAGUCCCGAAGUGUUGAAGAAUUGUUCAACUGGUUUUCAUUUUCCUUCUCAGUCGGAAGAUGUAGUUCAGGAGAGGGUUUCAACUCUAAAAUUGCUGCGGUUCUACAGAGCUGAACAGGUUAAUGAACCAUGAAAUUGACCUUGGCUUUUAUUUCAACAAGUAGAUUGUAGUCUUAACAAAGGUCUGUAUCCUGUUGUACAGGUAACUCUUGUAUUGUAAUUAAUGAAGACCAUCCAUACAUUGAAUAGCACUUUUGCAAUGCGGAUAACUCUGUUUUAUAUUGCGAUGUACACUGGUUGAUCAUUACCAACUUUU